UUACGCCAUCUGAUGGCGUCAAAAACAUUAGUUAGUCGGGCAGAAUGUCCCCUUUACGUCUUUGGAGUCUUAACGCCGGAUAUUUUCUAAACAAGGGAUUAUUGCUAAAGUCGGCAUGUGCAGCAUGCUCCAGGACUGCAGGAUACUCGGCAGGAGGGCAGGCGAAGGAUAAGGCACCACUUCGGAAGGCAAAAACGCCCCAGGGAAAGUUCGAUAUGGACGAGCAGGACUCCAAGACUAACGACGUCUUUGAAAAGUUCCCGAACGAUGUGAAUCCAUACACAAAAGAGAUGGGUGGUCCCAGAGGUCCUGAGCCAACACGGUAUGGUGACUGGGAGAGAAAGGGACGUUGUAUUGACUUUUAGCUGAUCUCAGCAAAGCAUGUUAAUAAUUAUUCGUUAAUAAUAGUAUGUGCACUCUUGUGUAUUAAAGAUAUGGAGCUCACCAGGGACUGUUCAUCCUGUUGGGUAUCCCUAUUGCAGGAUUAUCAUGUAAUACAUUUUGACCACUGAACUUGUUCAUUAGUUCAUGGUCAUAUGUUGCCUUUACAUCUGUAACAAGUGUAACUUUAACAUAAAUGUUUUGGUUUUUUUUCUAAAAAUGUCUUGUCAGCAUUGCAUAGUGCUGAAAAAUGUAUUUCUCUAUGCAGAAAUUAAAACAGUAUAUGAUUGCUGAGUA